GAAAAGGCCGGUGCCAUGCUGAUUCCUGAUCCUUACCGCCUCUGAGGUCUCGAAUGGCUCCUCCAGUCUGGACUCUGGUGCUGCUGUUUGGGGCUGCCUGGGGCCAGGACCACAUGCCUGCCCCCAUUCGGAAAGAGAAGCCUCCAGACUGGAAGAAAGUCGUUCGCACCUCUAGGGACAGCUCCAUUAUCACCCAGUGUGAUUUUGAGGAUAAUUCCAAACCCCUCUGUGACUGGACCCAAGUGUCCACAGAUGACGGGGACUGGACUCGAGCCAGUGGGCCCCCUCCCAAUGGCAGCACCGGGCCCCCCGGCGGCUACCCUAAUGGAGAGGGCUACUAUCUGCAUAUGGAUUCGAGUGCCUUCCACCGGGGUGGAGUCGCAGGCCUGCGCAGCGCCCCCAUAUGGGAGAAAGGUCCUCUCUGUGUGCAUUUUGCCUAUCACAUGUUCGGAUUGUCAUGGGGCACCCAGCUCAAACUGCUGCUGUUCAAGGGCCCCAAAAGCUACCUGCUCUGGAGACAUGUCAACACCCAAAGCCCCUCCUGGAUGCCCACUGCUGUCACUGUGCCCAUGGGGCAUAUCCUGCCCAGCCGGCUGGUAUUCGAAGGAGUGAGAGGCAACACCGCUUACCUGGACAUUGCCCUGGACUCCAUCUCUAUCCACCGCGGCUCCUGCCAUCGGGUCUGCACGAUGCAGGUGUGUAGCUUUGACACCCUAAAUGAUCUCUGUGGCUGGAGUUGGGUCCCGAGUGCCUCUGGGGCCAAAUGGACCCAAAGGAAUGGGUCUUCGGGGGUCCCUAAAGUGGGGCCCCAGGAUGACUUCUCUAACCCUGGGAGUGGCUUCUACAUGCUCCUGGACCCCAAGAAUGCAAAACCAAACCAGAAGUCUGUCCUCCUAAGCCCCCUGACUCAGUCCUCUGGCUGUCUGAGCCUGUCUUUCCACUACGUCCUCCGUGGCCAGGCUCCUGGGGCAGCUCUCAUCAUCUACGCGUCGGUCUUAGGCAAUAUCCGGAAACACACACUCUUCUCAGGCCAACCUGGACCCACCUGGCAGCCUGUUUCUGUCAAUUACUCAGGCCAGGGACAGAUUCAGUUUACUGUGGUGGGCGUGUUUGGAGAGACACCAGAGCCAGCGGUGGCAGUGGAUGCCAUCAGCAUUGCUCCCUGUGGGGAGAGCUUGCCUCAGUGUGACUUUGAAGAUGAUGGCUAUCCUUUCUGUACCUGGGCCCAGGCAUUGGGGAAUGCUGGACAGUGGGUCCGGAGAAGUAAACAUGUGCCCACCCAGGGCAUGGAUACCAAUGGAGUGCCCCUUAAUACAGAGGGUCACUUUAUCUACCUGAAGGCUGAUAAGUCCUCCCAGGCAGGCCAGUCUUUCAGACUGGUGAGCCGGCCCUUCUGUGCCCCGGAUGCAGUCUGUGUGGGGCUCACCUACCGCAUGUAUGGCCUUGGAAAUGGCAGUGGUCUCAAACUGCUGCUGGAGAGUCCUGCAGGCAGCUCUCCCAGUUUGCUCUGGCACCGAAUUGGGUUUCAGAGCUAUGACUGGAUGAACGUCUCCAUCACCAUCCCUGAGGGACAUCAACAGCCCAUGCAGCUGAUACUUGAGGCCACCAGGGGUUCCAACACUGCCUUCGUCAUUGCUGUGGACUUCAUCGUGGUCCAUCACGGGGCCUGCCAAGUGAGCUGCCCCUCAAAUGCCCACUACGAACGUUGUGCCUGCCCAGCAUCCUGCAAGAACCCCAAGCCCCACUGUUGGCAUCAUUGCCAGCCAGGCUGUGUCUGUAAUUCCGGCUUUUUGUUUAGUAACUCCAGCUGUGUCAAGGCCUCUUCCUGCAGUUGCUUCUACAACAACAACUACUAUAAGGUUGGGGCAAUGUGGUUCAGCCCCAACUGCACAGAACACUGCCGCUGCUUGCCUGGUGGUCAGAAGGAGUGCCAGGUCUCUCGGUGCAGGAAAAACACAGUGUGCCAGAUGAAGAAUGGCCAGUAUGGAUGCCAUCCCUAUGGCUCUGCCAUCUGCUUUGUCUAUGGAGACCCUCACUAUCUCACCUUUGAUGGGAGGCCCUUCAGCUUCAUGGGCAAAUGUACCUACAUCUUGGCCCAACCCUGUGGCAACUCAACAGAGCCAUUCUUUAGGGUGGUGGCAAAGAAUGAGGAGAGAGUGCAGGAAGGCAUGUCCUGCCUGAACAAAGUCUACGUGACUCUGCAUGAGACCACCAUCACCUUGCUCAAGGGCAGACAAACGCUGGUUGGGGGUCUGCAAGUCAACCUCCCGAUCCUGCUUAAAAAAGGCAUCUACCUGGCAGCAAGCGGGCGGUUUGUGGAGGUGCAGACAACGUUUGGUUUGCGGAUCAGAUGGGAUGGUGACCAGCAGCUGUCUAUCAUUGUGCCCAGCACCUAUUCUGGCAAACUCUGUGGCUUCUGUGGAAACUAUGAUGGCGACAGCAGCAAUGACAACAAGAAGCCAGAUGGCACUCCAGCGCAAGACCAGGAGGAGCUGGGGAACAGCUGGCAGAUAGUGGACAAUGAGGACAAAGAGUGCCAGAGGAGCCAGGAAAUCACCCCAUCUUGUGACUCAAGCUUGCUAAACAGUUUGUCAGGGCCUGAGAUCUGUGGACAGCUUGUGGCAUCCCACGGAGCCUUUGAGGCAUGCCUGCCUCACAUCAUGACCUUCUCCUUCUUCGACAACUGCAUGCUUGACAUGUGUAACUUCCAGGGACUGCAGCAGAUGCUGUGCUCCCACUUGUCAGCCUUAACUGAGACCUGCCAGGAAGCUGGUUAUGCGGUGAAACCCUGGAGGGGACCCCAGUUCUGCCCUCUGAUCUGCCCACCCAAUAGCAGGUACACUCUCUGUGCCAGUCUGUGCCCCAACACCUGCCACCCCCAAUUCAAUGGCAUGUCCUGCCAGGAGAGAUGCGUGGAGGGUUGCGAGUGCAAUCCAGGCUACAUCCUCAGUGGGUUCGAUUGUGUCCCCCGGAGCCAGUGCGGGUGCUUGGACGCCGUAGAUGGCUACUUUAAGGUAGGGGAGAAAUGGUACAAGCCAGGCUGCAGACAACUCUGUGUCUGUGAGAAAAGCUUCAGUAUUCACUGCUUUUCCUGGAAGUGCCAGGCCCAGGAAGUCUGCAGUCGGCAGAAUGGCAUCUAUGGCUGUCAUGCCCAAAGCAGUGCCACCUGCACCAUCUCAGGGGACCCCCACUACCUGACAUUUGACGGAGCCCUACACCACUUCAUGGGCACCUGCACCUACACCCUAACCCAGCCUUGCCAGACCAUUCAUCUAGAGGACAACUUCAUCGUGUCCGCCACCAACGAGUUCCGCAGUGGAAACCCGGAGGUCACCUAUGUCACAGCCGUCCAUGUCAAGGUCUUCAAACUCCAGAUCUCUCUGCUCAAAGGUCACAGGGUUAUGCUGAACAAUCUCCGGGUGACCUUGCCAGUGUGGCCUGCACAAGGUCGACUGGUCAUCAGGCCCAGUGGUUCCUUUAUUCUUCUCCACACGGACUUUGGGCUUCAAGUUCGCUACGACGGCAACCACCUGGUGGAAGUGACUGUGCCCUCCUCCUACGCUGGCCGGCUUUGCGGGCUGUGCGGGAACUAUAACAAUAACAGUUUGGAUGACAAUCUGCAACCGGACAGAAAGCCCGCCAAUAGCUCCCUCAUCCUGGGGGCAGCCUGGAAGUCAAAAGAUUUAUCUGAAGAAUACUGCUACGUGACAGGUCUCAGUAGUCAGCCCACCAAAUGCCUGAAGAAGGAAGAAACAGACGCCUGGAAAAAGAACUGUGAUAUCUUAAUGAACCCUCGGGGACCCUUCUCCCAGUGUCACCAGGUGGUGUCCCCAAAAGCCAGCUUUUCCAGUUGCAAGUAUGACCAGUGUUGGAGUAAGGGCAGCACCCAGAUCCUGUGCCGCUCACUGCAGGCCUAUGCAGCCCACUGUGCCCUUGCUGGCCAUGCCCCUGCCUGGCGGAAUAGCACCUUCUGCCCUCUGAGGUGCCCAUCCGGCAGCACAUACAGCCCCUGUGCCAGCCCCUGCCCAGCCACAUGCCUCAGCCUAAAUGCCCCAAGAGAUUGCCCCACAGCACUGCCCUGUGCCGAGGGCUGUGAAUGCCAGAAGGGUCACGUCCUGAGUGGAACCUCCUGUGUGCCCCUCAGCCAGUGUGGCUGUACUGACCAAUGGGGCUCCUACUACCCGGUUGGGGAGAACUGGUACACAGACAAAACCUGCUCCAGGCUCUGCACCUGCUCCACCUACAACAACAUCUCCUGCCAACGCACCUCCUGCAAGUAUAAGCACAUGUGCUGGCCCAUGGAGGGGCGAAUACGCUGCCUGAAGACAGGCUCAGUAACGUGCUAUCUCUCUGAUGAACCCUACUAUGUGAGCUUCGAUGGGCGUCAUCAUGGCCUCGGGGGCAACUGCACUUACACCCUGGUGAAAAUGUGCCACUUCAACAGGCGUAUAGCUUUCUUUAAGAUCACUGGCAAGAAUGGGAAGUCUGACAGGCCAACUGCCCCUUUCUCCCUUAGCCAGAUUGACAUGUACAUCUAUCAUACCCGGAUCACCCUGGAGAGGGAACACCGUGUGCUGAUCAAUGGCACACAGGUCCAACUUCCUGCGCGUAACCAGAUCCCGAAUGUCGUUAUCACUUCUGAUGGCAACUACACUGUGAUCGACGUUUACAUUGGCAUUAAAGUCCAGUUUGACGGCCGUCACUUACAAGUGGUUAUCCCUUCUACCUAUCAUAAUCAUGUCUGCGGCUUGUGUGGGAACUUCAAUGCCGAGGCAGAGGAUGAACUAAUGAUGCCCAAUGAUGAGCUGGCCUCAAACGACAUGGAGUUUGUGGACAGCUGGGUAGAUGAGGAGUCUGACCAAAAUUGCAAACAAAAGAAGAAGGACCAAGAAAAAGAACAGGAGAAGCCGGAGAUAAACUGCAGGCAGGCCGACCUAUCAAGGGUCCAGAAACAAUGCCAAGCAGCCCUUCAGGCUCCAGCCUGGGCUAACUGUGGCACCCGUGUGGUCCUUGAGCCCUUCCUGCUUGGCUGUACACACCACCUCUGUGAGUUUGGAGGCCUAAAUAAUGCCCUGUGUGAGUUUCUGCAAGGCUUCGAGGCUGCCUGCCAGGCCCACGGGCUCAAGCCCCCAAUCUGGAGAAAUAGCAGCUUCUGUCCUCUGGAAUGUCCGACUCACAGCACCUACACAAACUGCUUACCCUCCUGUUUACCUUCCUGCCGUGACCCGGAUGGCCAGUGCAAAGGCAGACGAACUGUGUCAACCUGCCAGGAAGGCUGCCUUUGUCAGCCUGGUCUUGUGCUCAGUGAGAAGCAAUGUGUGCCCAGGAGCCAGUGUGGCUGCAAGGAUGCCAGGCUCGGCUCUGUCACUGCAGGGAAGACAUGGCUCAGCAGCCGCUGCACCCAGAGCUGUGUCUGCACAGCAGGAGCCAUUCAGUGCCGGCCCUUCACCUGCCCCUCUGGAUCCUACUGCAAGACCAAACCCACUGGCCUGGAAACCUGUGAACCCAUCCCUCUGCAGUGCCCUGCCAACAGCAGCUACACAGCCUGCAUGCCCUCCUGCUUGCUUUCCUGUGGGGACCCAGAUAACAAGUGCAAAGGCAGCUCAGACCCCUCCAGCUGCCGAGAGGGCUGCAUCUGUCGGCCUGGAUUCCUGCUCAGUGUGAAGCAGUGUGUGCCCAGGAGCCAGUGUGGCUGCAAGGACUCCCAGCUUGGCUCCAUCACUGCAGGGAAGACAUGGCUCAGUAGCCGCUGCACCCAGAGCUGUGUCUGCACAGCAGGAGCCAUUGAGUGCCUGCCCUUCACCUGCCCCUCUGGAUCCUACUGCAAGACCAAACCCACUGGCCUGGAAACCUGUGAACCCAUCCCUCUGCAGUGCCCUGCCAACAGCAGCUACACAGCCUGCAUGCCCUCCUGCUUGCUUUCCUGUGGGGACCCAGAUAACAAGUGCAAAGGCAGCUCAGACCCCUCCAGCUGCCGAGAGGGCUGCAUCUGUCGGCCUGGAUUCCUGCUCAGUGAGAAGCAGUGUGUGCCCAGGAGCCAGUGUGGCUGCAAGGACUCCCAGCUUGGCUCCAUCACUGCAGGGAAGACAUGGCUCAGCAGCCACUGCACUCAGAGCUGUGUCUGCACUGAAGGAGCCAUUCAAUGCCAGCCCUUCACCUGCCCUGCUGGAUCCUACUGCAAGACCAAACCCACUGGCCUGGAAACCUGUGAACCUAUCUCUCUGCAGUGCCCUGCCAACAGCAGCUACACGGCUUGCAUGCCCUCCUGCUUACUUUCUUGUGGGGACCCAGAUGACAAGUGCAAAAACAGCCCGGGCCCCUCCAGCUGCCGGGAGGGCUGCAUCUGUCGGCCUGGAUUCCUGCUCAGUGAGAAGCAGUGUGUGCCCAAGAGCCAGUGUGGCUGCAAGGAUGCCCAGCUCGGCUACAUACCUCCAAGGAAGAUCUGGUUCACGAACAACUGCACGAAGAGGUGUUUUUGUGCAGCAGGAGUCAUUUACUGCCGGAAUUUCGUAUGCCCCUCUAGCACUCUGUGCCAUGUCAAUGCCACUGGCCUGGACAAAUGUAAACCAGUUGCUCUGCAGUGCCCUGCCAACAGCAGCUACACAACCUGCGUGCCCUCCUGCUUUCUUAUGUGCGGGGAUCCAGAUAACAAGUGUGACAGUGUUCAGGUUCCCUCCAGCUGUCAGGAGGGCUGCAUUUGCCGGCCCGGUUUUGUGCUCAGUGAGAAGCAGUGUGUGCCCAGGAGCCAGUGUGGCUGCAAGGACACCCGGCUUGGCUCCAUCACUGCAGGGAAGACAUGGCUCAGUAGCCGCUGCACUCAGAGCUGUGUCUGCACUGAAGGAGCCAUUCAGUGCCGGCCCUUCACCUGCCCCUUUGGAUCCCACUGCAAGCCCAAAUCAACUGGCAGGGAAACCUGUGAACCAAUCCGUAAGAGGUUGCUCGGGAAGGUGGACAAGAGGCAGGCUCUGCAGUGCCCUGCCAACAGCAGCUACACGGUCUGCCUACCCUCCUGCUUACCUUCUUGCCGGGACCCGGAUGCCCAAUGCAAUGGCGGAUCAACAGCAAACAGCUGCCAGGAGGGCUGCCUUUGUCAUCCUGGUUUUGUGCUCAGUGAGAAGCAGUGUGUGCCCAGGAGCCAGUGUGGCUGCAAGGACCCCCAGCUCGGCUUCAUCACUGCAGGGAAGACAUGGCUCAGCAGCCGCUGCACUCAGAGCUGUGUCUGCACAGCAAGAGGCAUUCAAUGCCAGACCUUCACCUGCCCCGCUGGAUCCUACUGCAAGACCAAACCCACUGGCCUGGAAACCUGUGAACCCAUCCCUCUGCAGUGCCCUGCCAACAGCAACUACACGGCCUGCAUGCCCUCCUGCUUUCUUAUGUGCGGGGACCCUGAUAACAAGUGCACAGGCAGCCCAGCCCCCUCCAGCUGCCGGGAGGGCUGCGUCUGUUGGCCUGGAUUCCUGCUCAGUGAGAAGCAGUGUGUGCCCAGGAGCCAGUGUGGCUGCAAGGACACCCAGCUCGGCUCCAUCACUGCAGGGAAGACAUGGCUCAGCAGCCGCUGCACUCAGAGCUGUGUCUGCACAGCAGGUGCCAUUCAGUGCCGGCCCUUCACCUGCCCCGCUGGAUCCUACUGCAAGACCAAACCCACUGACCUGGAAACCUGUGAACCCAUCCCUCUGCAGUGCCCUGCCAACAGCAGCUACACAACCUGCGUGCCCUCCUGCUUUCUUAUGUGCGGGGAUCCAGAUAACAAGUGUGACAGCGUUCAGGUUCCCUCCAGCUGCCAGGAGGGCUGCGUCUGUUGGCCUGGAUUCCUGCUCAGUGAGAAGCAGUGUGUGCCCAGGAGCCAGUGUGGCUGCAAGGAUGCCCGGUUUGGUUUCAUCACUGCAGGGAAGACAUGGCUCAGCAGCCGCUGCACCCAGAGCUGUGUCUGCACAGCAGGAGCCAUUCAGUGCCGGCCCUUCACCUGCCCCUCUGGAUCCUACUGCAAGACCAAACCCACUGACCUGGAAACCUGUGAACCCAUCCCUCUGCAGUGCCCUGCCAACAGCAGCUACACAGCCUGCAUGCCCUCCUGCUUGCUUUCCUGUAAGGACCCAGAUAACAAGUGCACAGGCAGCCCAGCCCCCUCCAGCUGCCAGGAGGGCUGCAUCUGUCGGCCUGGAUUCCUGCUCAGUGAGAAGCAGUGUGUGCCCAGGAGCCAGUGUGGCUGCACAGAGACCUUGGUCGGCUACAUGCCUGAAGGGAAGAACUGGCUCACCAGCAACUGCACGAAGAGGUGUUUUUGUGCAGCUGGAGUCAUUUACUGCCAGAAUUUCGUAUGCCCCACUGGCACUCAGUGCCAGGUCAAUGCCACUGGGCCGGACAAGUGUGAACCAGUUGCUCUGCAGUGCCCUGCCAACAGCAAAUACACAUCCUGUAUGCCCUCCUGCCUACUUUCAUGUGGGGACCCAGAUAACAAGUGUGACAGCGUUCAAGUCCCCUCCAGCUGCCGGGAGGGCUGUGUCUGUCAGCCUGGAUUCCUGCUCAAUGAAAAGCAGUGUGUGCCCAGGAGCCAGUGUGGCUGCAAGGAUGCCCAGCUCGGCUACAUACCUGAAGGGAAGUUCUGGCUCACCAGCCACUGCUCUAGGAGGUGUAUCUGUGCCAUCGGAGCCAUUCAGUGCCAGCCUUUCACCUGCCCCACUGGUACUCAGUGCCAGAUCAACUCCAGUGCCCUGGAAAACUGUGCACCAAAAACUCUGCAGUGCCCUGCCUACAGCAACUAUACAGCCUGCUUGCCAUCAUGCUUAUCCACCUGCGAGGACCCAGAUGCGCUGUGCAGGGACAUGAAAGUUCCCUCCACCUGCCGAGAAGGCUGCCUUUGCCAGUCUGGCCUUCUGCUCCACGAGGGACAAUGUGUGAGCAAGAACCAGUGUGGCUGCAAGGACUCCCACGGCCCCAUCCCUGAAGGGAAGAUCUGGCUCUCGGGCAACUGUACCCUGCGCUGUAUCUGUAUGUCAGCAAUCAUUCGAUGCCAUGUCUUCGAGUGCCCCUUGGGCUUCCACUGCCGGAUCAACUCUGAUGGCAAAGGCAACUGUGUCCCCUCUAUUAAGCGUGUGCUCAGAAUGGUGAAGCAGGAAGCAGGGCCAGAAGAGCUCACUGCAGAGUCAGCACAAUGCUCUGUUUUUGGGGACCCCCAUUACUUCACAUUUGAUGGCUUCAGCUACCGCUUCCAGGGCCGCAUGACCUACACCCUGGUAAAGACCGUGGAUGUGCUGCCAGAGGGGCUUGAGCCCCUGGUUGUGGAGGGGCGCAACAAGAUGAACUUGUCUUGGAGCCCGAUAUUGCACGAAGUAAUCGUGAAAAUCUACGGCUACACAGUCCAGCUGCAAGCCAAACUGCAGCUUGUGGUCAACAAGCAGAGGAUGGUCAUCCCCUACAUACCCAGCAAGCAUUUUGGGGUCACCAUGCGGGGUCACCGCCUGCAUCUGACCACUGACUUUGAGCUGGUCGUCAGCUUCGAUGGGAUAAACAAUGCAGUCAUCUCCUUGCCUGGCACGUACGAGGGGCUUGUGCGCGGCCUGUGUGGGAACUUUGACAAGAAUAUGACAAAUGAGUUUAUAAUGCCCAAUGGCGCCCUCACCCAGAAUAUCAACAUCUUUGGCAACAGUUGGGAAGUAAAGAACCAGAAAGAACUUGCCCGCUUCUCCAGGGCCAUAAGGGAAGAGAAGGACGAGCAGGAGAAGGGAAAGGAGCCAGACUCCCAUGUGCCGGGAUGCAGCAUGGAGCAGCUGGCACUCAUCAACCGCACCCAGGGGUGUACAGUGCUGGUGGAUCCCCAUGGCCCCUUUGCUCCCUGUCACCAGAAGGUGGCCCCCGAGCGCUUCCAAGAGCACUGUGUAUUUGAUCUGUGUUCCACCUGGGACCCCAAAGAACAGGAGGAGCUGCGCUGCCAGGUUCUCAGUGGGUAUGCCGUCAUCUGCCAGGAGGCUGGCAUCACCCUGGCCAGCUGGCGGGACUAUUCCCAUUGCGCCUUGGCAUGUCCAGCCAACACUGUCUAUCAGAGCUGUAUGACACCCUGCCCGGCCUCCUGUGCCAGCCUGGUGGCCCCCAGGGACUGCCAGGGCCCCUGUGUGGAAGGUUGUGCCAGUCUCCCUGGCUACAUCUACAGCGGUGUUGAGAGCCUCCCCCCGGCUCGCUGUGGCUGCACCAACAAUGGCAUUUACUACCAGCAAGGUGACAGCUUUGUGACUGAGGAUUGCUCUCAGCGCUGCACCUGUGCCAGCUUGGAGGUCCUGCUGUGCGAGCCCCUCAGCUGCAAUGUGGGGGAGAUCUGUACCCUAGGGAACCUCACCCGUGGCUGCUUCCGAGAAAGUCCAUGUCUAGAGAACCCGUGUCAGAAUGAUGGACGGUGUCGGGAGCAGGGAGACCACUUUAUCUGUGAGUGUGAACUUGGUUAUGGGGGAAACCUCUGCAUGGAGCCUCAGGAUGUGCCACCCCCAGCAAAAUAUGCAACAGAAGGAUCCAACUUGGUAACCAUCCUGCUGGGAAUGGUGGUGCCAGCAGCAGUCAUGGUGUUGGCAGUGAUUGGAGAAUGCAAGAAGAGGAUGAGGAGGGUCCCUAGGGAGAAAAUGCAAAGCAAGGAUAGAAACGGGCUGGUAGACUCAGAUUUUGUGCCAGAGAGUGCCUUUACCCAGUUUUAAUUUGUCCUCC